CCCCGCCGGCGGCCCCGGGGUGGAGCCGAGGCACUGCCGCUGCCACCGCCCCGGCCCGGCCAUGCUGGACUUCGCCAUCUUCGCCGUCACUUUCCUGCUCAUCCUGGUGGGCGCCGUGCUCUACCUGUACCCGGCAUCUAGGCAAGCAUCAGGUAUCCCUGGGCUGGCUCCAACUGAUGAAAAGGAUGGCAAUCUGCCAGAUAUCAUUGCCAGCAGCAGUUUACAUGAGUUUCUGGUGAACCUUCAUGAGAAAUAUGGCCCACUGGUCUCUUUCUGGUUUGGAAGGCGUCUUGUCGUCAGCCUCGGCUCCAUUGAUCUCCUGAAACAACAUAUUAACCCCAACCGGUUGUUGGAUCCCUUUGAGACAAUGCUGAAAUCCCUCUUGAGGUACCAGUCCAGCCUGAAUGGGGAUACAGGAGAGAGCCACAUGAGGAGAAAGCUGUAUGAAAAUGGUGUGACCAAGUCCUUGCAAAGUAACAUUGCUCUCAUCCAGAAGCUGUCAGAAGAGCUGCUAGCCAAAUGGCUCUCCCUGCCCGAGGCACAACAUGUGCCACUCUGCCAGCACAUGCUGGGCUUUGCCAUGAAGUCUGUCACGCAGACAGUUAUGGGCAGCAGCUUUGAAGAUGACCGGGAAGUCAUCCGAUUCCGCAGGCACCAUGAUGCAAUCUGGUCAGAGAUUGGGAAAGGUUUCUUGGAUGGGUCUCUUGACAAAAACAUGACUAGGAAGAAGCACUACGAAGAUGCUCUGGUGGAGAUGGAAUCCGUCUUAAGGAAAGUUACAAAAGAGCGCCGAGGCAGAUCAUUCAACAGGCAUGUCUUUGUAGACACCUUGCUGCAAGGGAGCCUGAGUGACCAGCAGAUUCUGGAAGAUACAAUGAUUUUCACCCUGGCAGGAUGCAUAAUCACUGCUAACUUGUGUACCUGGGCAGUCUAUUUCCUGACAACCUCAGAAGAUGUCCAGCAGAAUCUCUACAAGGAGGUGGACCGCAUUCUGGGGAAGGGACCAAUUACACUUGAGAAAAUUGAGCAGCUCAGAUACUGUCGGCAAGUCCUGUGUGAGACAGUGCGAACAGCAAAGCUGACUCCCAUUGCUGCACAGCUGCAGGAGCUGGAGGGCAGAGUCGACCAACACACUAUCCCCAAAGAGACACUUGUGCUUUAUGCUCUUGGUGUGAUGCUGCAGGAUAGUUCAUCUUGGCCAUCACCAUACAAGUUUGACCCAGAGAGAUUCAAUGAAGAAUCAGCCAUGAAAAACCUGUCCUUGUUGGGUUUUUCAGGAAGCCAGGAGUGCCCGGAGCUGAGGUUUGCCUAUAUGGUGACUACAGUCCUGCUGAGUGUCCUGGUAAGGAAACUGUAUCUCCACCCAGUGAAAGGACAAGUCAUGGAGACAAAAUAUGAACUGGUAACCUCACCAAAGGAGGAAGCCUGGAUAACGGUGUCUAAGAGAAGCUAAGAGGAAGAAAAAAAAGGGUUUGAAAGUGCCAGUAGUGAAGUUCUGAACAAGGGUCUUAAAGGAGAAUCGUGCUGGCACCACGUUGACUCAGCCAAGGAAUUUUACAUCCAUUUUUUUUUACCUUCCACGUUCUUAAGCACAUGCCUAUCUUGGGUACUUUUUCUAACUCAACCAGUAGUCAUAUUAAAGUAGAUUUAAUCUGUAUGCCUUUUUUACAUUUGCUUUUGGAUUUCUAGCCAAAUCAUUGCAGAGGAAGCAACAAAACCUUUCAGUGAUAUAUGUAUGAACUAUUGGGUAUCAGCUAGUCAAAGACCAGACCUCUGGUUAAUCCAGCCCCUUUCCAAUAGCAGCCAGAGCUGGAUAAGAGUGCCUCUGUUAUCCAGUGGAAUGCUUCUUCAUGGAUCCUAACUAGAUAAGAUCUUGGAGACACAAGGACAAAGUCUCUCUCUAUGUAUAGGUAUUUUUAUUCAAAGUGUCUUUUCUUCCCUUGAGCUAUAUCUAUAACUGUCAAGAAGAGCAGAUAUAUCUUGUGAGAAGUAUGUGUGAGUGUGAGAGAGAAAGAGAGAAAUAAAGUGGGGUGGGAAUUGCA